GGGUCUCAGGCUCUCUGGCGCCGAGAGGACAGCCGCUACCCGUGCUUUUGCAGUCGAUUUUGGACCGAGGCAGGCACUGUUGCGCUGCGCUACGGGAGAUCCGAGCGAAACAGCGCAAUUUCGGCUGCAACGCGACUACACACCUUGUUGUCCUGCAGUACUCGGAGGCAGCGCGACGCGUCCGACGGCGACGAUGGCUGACGCCGCCGGCCCGCCGCCGCGGGGCAAAAAUCUACUGAAAGUGGCCGAUGCUAUGAAAAAAAGGGCGCUCGAGGAACGCGACGAGGCGGACGCGAACGCAGAGAAGAAACAAAAAACCUUGGCCGCCAUCGCGAGGGAGUUCAUCUGUCCGAUCACGCACGAAUUGCCGAUCAAACCCGUGACCGCCGAAGACGGCAAGAUCUACGAGGAGAAAGCCAUCCGCGAGUGGUUCUCGAAGAAAGAUGGUGAGCCAACCAGCCCGAGCACGGGUGCCGUCAUCGGGACGAAGUUAUUCCCAGCACCGCAAGCGCGAAACACGAUCGAGGCGCUGGUCGAGAGCGGCGCCAUCGCGGGCGAGAUUGCUGAGGCGUGGAAACAGAAGCUGGAGGAUGAAAAGGAAGUGAAGGAGACGCGCGCGAUGGCGGGAGGAGGCGACGGGGAAGCUAUGUAUAUGCUCGGCGCGUGGUACCGAGAAGGUAUGAACGGCCUCGCGAAAGACAAUGCGCAAGCCCGCGCGUGGUACGAGCGCAGCGCGGCGGCCCGAGACCCGAAAGGGAUGGCCGCUUUUGGUGAAUAUCUCCUGCUUGGCCUCGGUGGGCCCCAGGACACUGCAUUUGGGAUCAUGAACGCGACCGAGGCGGCGGGUCUGGGUUCGGACCUCGCCGCGUAUCAACUUGGCUGGGCGUUCUUCGAAGGCGGCCACGGCCUGCCGAAAGACCCCGCUCGCGCGCGGUUCUGGCUCAAGAAGAUCUUUGACGGCGAGUACGAGUACAAGCACCUGACGGAUACCGCUAGAGCCGACGCGGCGAGAAUGCUCCGGGAACUGGACCAGUGA